AAAGGGAGAAAAGGAGGAAAAGCGUCAAAACUUGCUCGCAUGACCGAUGAUGAACGAGCGAGAUACUUACAGCAUCGCGCUGAUAUAGAAUUAGAGGCCAAGCGUCGAAAGCAGCAGUUAAUAGCAAUAUUUACGAAGAAUAAGUUAAAACGCGAAGAAGCCUUCGCGAGAAUCAACACAGCGAAACUUAAUGAACAAUGGCGAACGGCUUUGCGUCACAUGAAGUACGCGGAAUUGAAAACGGAUGUCGAAUAUUUGUAUCAAGAUUUCGAGGAAGUAUUGAAAACCAAAGAUGAUUAUAUACAAAGAUUGUUUGAUGAAUUGGUACAAGCGGAUCUUGAUCAUCGACGUUUUCAAGAAGCUCACAUGAUGGCUUUGGAUGAUAUCAUAGAUAAAGGAAAAGAAAGAAUAAAUCACUUGCAUGAUCAUUAUGUAAAAGCAGUCAAUCGAAUUCGAACGGAAGACUUGCAAGAACUGAGAAGUCGUAAAGUCGAGAUGAAAAACUCUUUGAUGCACUUAAGAACGAUUAUUUUUUCAAAAAGGCAGUCUUUUGAGGAAGAAUUAACAGAAAUGAAAACGAGAAAUGCAGUCAGUAUUCACAACAUCGUAUACUCUAAAGAGGAGUCGAUAAUAAAUUUAAAACGUUCAAUUUAUCCAAGAAUGGAAGGUUUGUGGCAAGAGUUGAAUGAUGUAAUUACAAACUAUGAAAACUCAACUGAGAACAAACGAAAACAAUACGAGUACUUGAAAGAACAAGAUGACGUUCAUCAAGUGGAAGCUUCUGAAUUUCCCAAGUUAUACACACAACUUCGAGAACAUGCCGAAACAUCAAGAAAAAAUUUACUUAGGUUGACAGAAGAGAGGCAAGAGACUAUUGAGGAUUUAAAACAUCAAUCUGAAUUAUUAACAAAGCGCCUGUGUAAAUUAAGACAAGAAAUGAAAAUGAUGGAAACUUUGGAUGCUGUGCAACUAAAGAAACUAAGUGUUUUGAGUAGCGAAGCUAUUGCGAAUUUAGAAAGAAUCCUUAAUAAGGGCAAUGAGCUUCAUACAAUGAUGAAGUUAUGUUCUGACUUAGAACCUGAAGCAUUAAAAGUUAAAAGAUAUUCUAUUAAAAACUUGGAAGUAGCGCGAGAACUAACCAAACCAACUAACGAACCUUUUGGAUUUUUUAAAAAGAUUGAAGCUUUCAGGGACCACUUAUAUUGCCUCAAAGAAGAAAAUAGCUUAUUGAGACAAAAACGUAAUAAUCUUCUGGAAGAAAAUAAUAGAUUAAAGCACUCUUUGCGUACUUAUCUAACAUCUGUUUCACGAAUGCCAACAAUUCGACCAGGAACUCGGGUUUAGUAUACAGUAUUCUAACCUAAUUUCUCAGCCAAAUGACAAUAUGCCAAUACUAAAUGGUUUACACGUCGUAAAAAAAGAAAACAGACCGGUGGUUUUUGAUAUUUUUAUGAUAGUCCUGUGAAUAUGCGCAAACU